AUGUUGACUGCAUUUCAAGAACUGCCGGAAGGAUGCAAUGCCAAAUCUACCGAGAACCAUGGCGUAAGAUUCUGGGCGCAGACGGGUCGCAUCGAUGUUUUGCUCCACAAUGGCAUUUUCCACUCACCUCAGGCGCCAUGGAUCCCGGAGUUGCACGACCAGUUUCGAAACUCGAGACAUGGCCCUGUAGAUGCCCCGGGCCAGACUGCGAACGUUCUAGGCAGCUCUACCUCUACGCUGAACGAAUGUGCGACCGACCCAACGGAAUCGACCUCUGGCCUGAACGAAUCGAUGACUGGCCUAAGCGAAUCAAUCUCUGGUUCGAGCGGAUCGCCCACCGGCCUGACUGAAUCUCCCUCUGCUUUGAAAGAAUUGCCGAGAAGCCAGCGAUUGAGAUGGAAAAAGGUCACAAACGGACAGGUUGAGAACCAUCCUGACCUACUCGAUCUACUUGGGAAGUUGACUCAGGACCCGAUCGCGACUUUUUACCAGGAGGUAAAUGAAAUCAUCGAUUCUAGCUCCAAUAAGGUCAAGGGCCAGAGACAGGAUGGCAAACUUCCCACGGCACUGGAAGGAAAGGAGAACCAGACCCUAUCCCCAGACAGAUCCGCACUCUUGCUUUCUUCAGACCAGCAUUACAGUUGA